GAGCUCAUCUGAAUGCUGCCAUCACUGUCACACACUGCAUUUUAGGAAAACUCCCCUGGAGAAAGCUCCCAGCUUAUCUGGUCAUCCUCCUGGGCUCCUUUACAGCAGCAGCCAUCAUCUUUGACCUCUACUAUGAUGCUCUGUACGACUACACCAAGGGGAACUUUACAGUAACAGGCUCAACUGCUACAGCAUUGAUCUUCUCCACUUACCCUGCUCCCUAUGUAUCCUUGCUGGGGGGCUUCUUCACAGAGUUUAUGGCAACAGUGAUGUUGCUCCUGGGCAUUCUGAUCAUCCACGAUGAGAAAAACAAUGGAGCCCUGAAAGGCACACAGGCCCUACUCACGGGUAUCCUGGUCCUGGGCAUAGGCCUGGGGAUGAACACAGGCUACGCCAUAAACCCCUCCCGGGACCUGCCCCCCAGGGUCUUCACGGCAAUUGCUGGCUGGGGAAUGGUCGUCUUCGC